AUCUCCGGGUGGCCCGCAUCAACGGCUAAGGCACUCCGGGAACCGGGACGCGGAAUAUUUCCCGAGUCAGACGGCUAUGAAGAGUCGGGCUGUAAGCUUAGUUCCAGGAAGCCACCAGCCUACUUUCCCGCUUCUCCUCUUCGCGAGCCGACUGUUUGAUCAUUCAGGCACGAGUGAAGCCGCGGGCAGACUCGUCUAUCUGGGCUGUCUUGAAGCACGUGACAUUCCGAAUCCAGGGACUUGAUUGGCUGCCUGGCUGACCAAUACCCUUGCGAUGCCCUCCGCCGUUCGCCAUCUUAACGUGGGGCACUCCGGACGGCAGCCCAAUCGAGUGAAGCCUCUCGGCCUUCUUGGUUGAGGGCGGAAGUGAGCGAUGCGUGGUGCCGGCGGCGCCUAAAGAUCAGAGACUCGUGUGGAAGCGGCGCUCAUCAUGCUCCGUCGGGAGGCUCGCCUGCGCCGGGAGUAUCUGUACCGCAAGGCCCGGGAGGAUGCGCAGCGAUCGGUUCAGGAGAAGAAAGAGCGAGUCAAGCGUGCUCUUGAAGAAAACCAGCUGAUUCCCUCUGACCUGCGCCGGGAGGCUCUAGCCUUACAGGGGUCCCUGGAGUUCGAUGAUGCUGGCGGCGAAGGUGUGACCAGCCAUGUAGAUGAUGAAUAUCGGUGGGCUGGGGUUGAGGAUCCUAAGAUCAUGAUCACUACCUCCCGAGAUCCCAGUUCUCGCCUGAAGAUAUUUGCAAAGGAACUGAAACUGGUGUUCCCAGGUGCCCAGCGCAUGAACCGUGGUCGGCAUGAGGUUGGAGCGCUGGUGCGAGCUUGCAAAGCCAAUGGGGUCACCGACCUGUUGGUUGUCCAUGAGCACCGAGGCACACCUGUGGGGCUCAUUGUCAGCCAUCUGCCCUUCGGUCCUACGGCGUACUUCACACUGUGCAAUGUGGUUAUGCGGCAUGACAUCCCUGACCUGGGCACCAUGUCAGAGGCCAAGCCUCACCUCAUCACUCACGGCUUCACUUCACGGCUGGGCAAGCGGGUGUCUGAUAUCCUUCGUUACCUAUUCCCUGUGCCCAAAGACGACAGCCAUCGGGUCAUCACCUUUGCAAACCAGGAUGACUACAUUUCCUUCCGGCACCAUGUCUACAAGAAGACAGACCACCGCAAUGUGGAGCUGACUGAGGUUGGGCCUCGGUUUGAGCUGAAAUUAUACAUGAUUCGCCUGGGCACACUGGAGCAGGAGGCCACGGCAGACGUGGAGUGGCGCUGGCACCCCUAUACCAACACUGCCCGCAAGAGGGUCUUUCUGAGCGCUGAGUGACCUGUGAGCUACUGGCCAGUCAGGAUGUGGACUUGGACUUCUGGGGCAGGGACUUGUCACAGACAGAUUUACUAAUCCCAAGUGGGGGCUGGAAGGAUCCAAAAUAAACCCUCUGUCGUCAUGCUGCCCAAGUGCCUCUCACUGGUCACAGUGGGCCUGUUCUCUGUCAGACCAAAUCUGAAAGAUGAAGCCCACAGAGUGUCUGUGAGUUGAAGACCUAAUGACUAGAGUGUCCUCAGGCCUCGUUUUAUGUGGAGUAUAAACAGUCCCUCUCGGUGGGGAUGGUGGUACAGACUCCCCACUGGAAAAUGAGUGGUUGUUUUGGGAGUUGGGCCCUGUGAUCACUCAUCUCGGUGGUUUAGGGUAAGUCUUUUCAACAGCAGCAAGCUGACCCCAUUCCAGUGCCAGCCAAACCUGUCAGUUUAACAGGGUCCCUCUGCCAAGCGGGUGCAUCCUUUUUCCCAGGAGACAUGGUGACACCAACAACCUGCCUGCCCUUCCCCGAAUUCUUGCAGAUGGGCCUAUCCAACAGCACAUGGGGAAGUGCCUCAAGAUUCUAAGUCUGUGCCCCAGCCUCUCCCAGCUUACGCCCUCUCUGUUCCCACAUUUCUGUACAUGCCUGGGGACCCUGUGUUUAUGUAGAGUGGUUGUCAAGACCCUGGAAAUGCACUAGAGUUUACAGAGAGAGCUGUGAUGUGAUCCAUCAUGCAGUUAGGAGACCUGAGGAAGCGUGUGAGGAAGACAUGUCCGCAUGGAAUCCUGAGAACCGAAUUAGUGUGAGAUAACAGAAGCCAUCUGAAUGACAUGAGACCCAGUAAGAAAAGGAGAAAGGGAGGCCACUGUGUUGUGUUGGAAAGUCUGGGAUGAAACCACCAUUACAGCUCAUGAAUCUAGUUCCUCUACAAGGCCUUGGGGAUUUUGCUUCUUUCUUAGAAGAAUGAACCUUUGUGUAUGUCUGUGUAUUGUCAAAAUUUUAAAACAAGUAAAAUUAAAA